UAGCUUUUAAGCUAAAAGAGACUCUUCCGCCCGGAGUUCAAUAAACUGAUCCCGAGGCCCGCAGGCUCCUGGCGGCUUCAGUUAUUUCCUCGUCACCCUCCGUGGACCAGCUUGGAGGUGUCUUCGCAAGCAGCCGCUGUUUUGGGGAGACAUGGCAAUGCUGUCGUUUCUCUUGAGCCGGGGAUCUUUCUCGGCUGGUCCUCCCCUUCCGAAGCUGCUGCGGGAAUUGAAUUUUGUGCACCGGAGCUAUACACCAAGUACCAGUUUGAAUGAAGUGGUCAUCGUCAGUGCCCAAAGGACACCUAUUGGAUCUUUUCUAGGAUCUCUUUCCUCACUUCCAGCUACUAAACUUGGUUCCAUAGCAAUUCAAGCAGCCAUUGAAAAGGCAGGGAUACCCAAGGAAGAAGUCAAAGAAGCAUACAUGGGCAAUGUUCUGCAGGGGGGUCAAGGACAAGCACCAACCAGGCAGGCCGUGCUUGGAGCAGGUUUACCUAUCUCCAUUCCAUGCACCACUGUCAAUAAAGUUUGUGCAUCAGGAAUGAAAUCUAUUAUGAUGGCAUCUCAGAAUCUAAUGUGUGGCCAUCAGGAUGUGAUGAUUGCAGGUGGAAUGGAAAGCAUGUCUAAUGUUCCAUAUGUCAUGAACAGAGGAUCAACUCCUUAUGGAGGAGUAAGACUUGAAGAUUUAAUUGUGAAAGAUGGACUAACCGAUGUCUACAAUAAAAUUCACAUGGGUAACUGUGCUGAGAAUACAGCCAAGAAACUUAACAUUUCACGAGAAGAACAAGAUGCUUAUGCCAUAAGUUCUUAUGCCAAAAGUAAAGCAUCUUGGGAAGCUGGAGUAUUUGCAGAUGAAAUUACUCCUGUUACAAUUUCACAAAAAGGUAAACCAGAUAUAGUGAUAAAUGAAGAUGAAGAGUAUAAGCGUGUUGAUUUUAAAAAACUCCCAAAGCUGAAGACAGUUUUCCAAAAAGAAAAUGGCACAGUGACAGCUGCCAAUGCCAGCACACUGAAUGAUGGAGCAGCUGCUGUGGUUCUCAUGACAGCAGAUGCAGCCAAGAGGCUAAAUGUUGAGCCAUUAGCAAGAAUAGCAGGAUUUGCAGAUGCUGCAGUAGCACCUAUUGAUUUUCCAAUUGCACCUGCUUAUGCAGUACCAAAGAUUCUUAAAGAUUCGGGAUUGAAAAAAGAUGAUAUUGCAAUAUGGGAAGUAAAUGAAGCUUUUAGUUUAGUUGUGUUAGCAAAUAUGAAAAUGUUGGAUAUUGAUCCCAAGAAAGUGAACAUCGAUGGAGGUGCUGUUUCUUUGGGACAUCCAAUUGGGAUGUCUGGAGCAAGAAUUGUUGUUCACCUGGCCCAUGCCUUGAAGAAAGGAGAGUACGGUAUUGCAGGGAUUUGCAAUGGAGGAGGUGGUGCUUCAGCAAUACUAAUCCAGAAGUACUAGAAUGGAGCAAGUACCCUCACCUGUAUUUGUGAUCAGAAGAGACCAAGAGACUGAUCAGUUAGUUAAACAGUUACAAGUGUGAAAAGGACAACAUUAUGGUGGCACAGCAUCCUGGGUAUAGCAUAAAUAAACAGUUUUCUUGUCAUCAGAUUUGGUAAUCUAAGACAUUUUUAGCUAAAAAGGGCAUCUCCAAAGCCUUUUCAAUUUCCAGGAAGAUGAUCUUGAACAUGAUUGUUGACUUGAAAACUUUGCAAAAUUCUGCAGUGCCACAGUGGUGGGAGCAUUAUGAGUGCCUUUCAAAAAAAAUCCGAAGUUCUUUUCAAGAAAAAUGGGUGUGAAAAUGACCUUGUAUUGUUUUUCUAUUUUGAGGUUUUUCCUCAUUGCUCUGAUUCUUCUCUUAUGUUAUUAUGUAUAUAUAUAACCUAUAUCAGACUACCUGCUGUCUAGGGGAGGGAGAAGAAUCUGAAAUUGGAAAGCUUGUAUAAACAAAUGUUGAGAACUAUUUUUACAUGCAACUGGAAAAAAAUAAAAUACUUUUAUCAGAAAAAAAUGACCUUGAAGAUUUUUCUUCAAGCAAUUAAUUGACAUAAUUGAUUUACCUUUUCUAAUUAAUUUGAUUAGUAGUUAAAAAUGUUUUCCAAGAAGUUGGACCAGAGCCAACAGCAUUUGACUAGAAAGUUGAUAGUGAAUCCAGCCUACAAUUUUUUUUUUUUAGUGAGGCAAUUGGGGUUAAGUGACUUGCCCAGGGUCACACUGCUAGUAAGUG